AUGGCGAGGAACGACUGUUAUGAAUGCGAUUGUGACUUUAAGAAGCCGUUUGAAACCUGCGGGUACAGCCAGGGGAGAGAGGAUGAUCUAGAUUGGGAACAGACCAACACCCGAGGGAAGUCCUCAGCAGACCCAUGGAUGCCAACAAGUAAGCCUGGUCACACUACCACAGACUCCCACAGUGUCCUGGUUCACUGGUUCAUUUCUCUUAACAGUUCCUCCUGUUUUAAUCUGUUACAGGAAACAGACUCAGACUGUCCUUCAUCAUCUACCUCAGAACGGAGGAGGAGGAGGAGUGACCCUGCGGGUACAUCAUCGACACAAGAGGAGGACGGCUGUGAGCCCAGGAAGAGGCAUAGGUCAGACAGCUUUUCUCUACCCUUUGAUGACAGCACGUCCUGGUGUGUGAUAGGAGGCCUGAGACGAGACCGGAGGAGCACUGAGUCUUCAGACUCCCACAGUAACACUGAAGUAGGUUCAUCGGUCAGUGACGUGUGUGACGAUGUUCUGAGCCAGGAUCUGGACUCUGAUAACUUCAGCGUGGAGUUUGAGGUGGAGUCCAUUGACUCGGAUGCCUACAGCGAUCCCGAAGAGGCUUCAGUGUCUGGAGAGGACGAGGUGUAUGAAGUCACCAUCUUUGAAGCAGAGGAGGAGGACUCGUUCGAUGACGACACUGAAAUCACGAAAGCAGACUACUGGAAGUGCUCGAAGUGUGAGGAGUUGAACCCUCCCCUGCCCCGUAACUGCAACCGCUGCUGGAAGCUAAGAAAGGACUGGUUUCCCCAGUCUGACAGCAACUCUGCUAUCACCACCACCACCACCACCACGGCCCCCAACCUCAAACCUUCGUCCCCCAAGCCUUCCCCAGCCCCGACAGAGACAGACGAGACCGAGGCUGAAGGACUGGAUGUCCCAGACGGGAAGAGAGCCCGGUCGCCCCUUCCCCUCCUCAAAGACUCCCAGGAAUUGGUGUCCGUCUCUGGCCCCGAUUCCAAAGAGUCAGCCUGCUCCUCCCAGCCCUCCACCUCUUCUUCUUCUUCCAGUGGUGUAGGAUCAGGCUCGUCCUCUAGCGCCCCCUUCAGCCAGGAAGUGAUGGCACCAGACCUGGAGCGCUUCAACAGCCAGGAGGCUCACCUCCCCGCCAGCUGCCUGGAGCCCUGCGUCAUCUGUCAGACCAGGCCCAAGAACGGCUGCAUUGUACACGGACGCACCGGACACCUCAUGGCCUGUUACACCUGCGCCAAGAAACUGAAGAAGAGGAACAAGCUGUGUCCAGUCUGCAGGGAGCCCAUCCAGUCCGUCGUCUUAAUUUAUCUCAGCUGA